AUGACAUUACUUCUUCGAGUUUCACCGGAUUUUAUUGGUGGUUGGGUAAUAGUACAAUACACAAUAUCAUUGAAGAUAAUUGAUAGACGAUUUAAAAGUAUCAAUUCUACUAUUACAAAAUUAGGGACCAUUACAAAUGAUAGAAAUGGAGUAAAAACUUUACCAGAAACACAAAUAUCACUUUCACAUGAAAUUGAAAGUAUUAAAUACGCAUAUAUAGAACUGUGUGAAAUGUGUGAUGAUAUUGCUGAAUUUUAUGGAUUACCAGUUUUGAUUUCUAUUAUUCACUACGUUACAAUAAAUAUAAUUCGAUUUGUCACAGCAACAAUAAAACAGAGUAAAAAAACAGUAAAACUUACUAAUUCACUUUUGAAUAAAUAUGCAGUGGAUAAGGAGACCGAAAAACAAUUAACUAAAUUUUCGAGUGAUAUUUUGCAUUCAAAAGUUGAGUUUACAGCUUGUGAUAUUAUACCAUUGGAUCUUACACUUUUAUCAAUGAUUACUGGUACCAUUGCUUCGUAUCUUGUUAUUGUUGUUCAAUUUCGUAUUAAUUCACCUUCUAAUUAA